AUGGAAACAGAUUUCUAUCCUUCUGCAAAGAAAAGAAUUAUUUUUCCGUGAAUUGGAUAUGUUUUGAUUUUUAUAGUAUGACUUAUACUUUUUAUUGUCAAUUUAGUAGUUAGUGAUGCAGAUGGGCCUGAUGCUAUUAUACAACUUCAGGGUUACGAUCCGGAUUCAACUAAAAACUUUUUUAGGAUUAUGUUCAUGUUUAUCCCAUUCACUUAUCAGCUCUAUUACUUACAGCCACAUUCCGAAUUGGACCCUUUAAUGGGAAUAAAAAUUCUUAUCGUGGCAAAUAUUCUUGUAUACUCUAGAAGCAUUCUGGCUAUGAUUUAUGCAAAACCUUUGCCAUAUCUUGAAUAUGAAAGCGUCGAGGGCUGGCAGUGCUUGCUUGACUGAAGUAUGCCGAGUGAGAGAACAAUGGUCACUUUUUCGGUAUCUCUUUAUUAUAUUUUACUACUGAAAUCAUUAAAACGCAAUGAAUAUCCGACAUGGGUAUAUCUAGCUCUUGCUGGCUUUUUCGCUGCCUGAAACUGCCUGGUUAGUAUCACUGAAAUAAUUAUAGGGAUCCAAACUGUGAUCGGAAUGUUUUUAAGCAUCUUUUGAGGUUUGGUAAUUUUAAUUCCUUUUAUUAUUUUUGAUUCAAAAUUUACAGAGUUAAUUAUAAAUGUGCUUGAUAAGCCAAAGCAAGGUCUGGCAAUAUUUCACAUCGUCUUUGCGGCCAGCGCCUUUUUUGGGCUGAUUUUAUUUGAAACAAGGAAUGCAGAACUUUCUGACACAUGGGAAGAUAUAAUCGACACAAUAUGUCACGACACAAUGUCUUUAACGAGCAGGAACAUAUCUGCUUAUGAUUUACAUCAAUCAACAAUUUUAGCCAUCCCAACAGGAGCUCUAUUGGGCUUCGUAAUUUGCUACAGAACGUUUCAAUGUAAAUGGUGAGGCACUUUAACAAUUUAUCACAAGAUAAUUAGGGUAAUUUGCAGUUGGGUGUACUUCAAUGUGGGAAACAUUUUUAUUGUAAUUUUUCAAUCGACUUCAUCUACUAAUUCAAGCUUGAAAAAAGUGACUGAUACUUUUGGCUUGACUGAAGUCAUCAAAAAUCCAUAUUUUCUAUUCUUUUUUGACUUAUUCGUAUUUUAUCAAAUGGGAUGGAUGCUCACAUAUCUUUAUCCUAUUGUGAUUUCUGGACUUAAUCUGUCUAAGCCGGUUGAAGUAAAUAUUCCUAACUUAGACUCUGAAAUCUCAUUUGAAGUUAGCGAUCCUACGAAGCGUGAAAGAGCUGAUAUUGAUAAUAAUUAG